AUGGCAUCUGCUGAUCUGAAAGAGGAGCUAACCUGUUCCAUCUGCCUGAGCAUUUAUACAGAUCCUGUAACUCUCAGCUGUGGCCAUAACUUCUGCAAGGGAUGUAUUGAGAUUGUGCUGGGUACCCAGGAAAAAUGUGCAUGCUAUACCUGUCCUGAGUGUAGGGAAAAUUUCAGUAACAGACCUAGACUGCAAAGAAACCUGAAGCUACAUAAUAUAGUAGCUACUAUUCUUCUAAGUCAACCAGACCAAAAUGAGACUGGGAUCUCCUGCACUUACUGUAUCCACUCUUCUGUACCUGCUGCUAAAUCCUGUCUGCUGUGUGAGGCUUCUCUGUGUGAUACCCACCUGAGGGUACACAGCAAGUCUGAGGAACACGUCUUAACUGAACCCACCACUUCCUGGGGUAACAGAAAAUGUUCCAAACACAAGAAGCUCCUGGAAUAUUACUGCACUGAGGAUGCUGCCUGUAUCUGUGUGUCCUGCUCCCUGGUCGGAGAGCACAGGGGACACCAGGUGGAGCUGCUGAAUGAGGCUUCUGAGAAGAAGAAAAAGAAACUGAGAAAUUAUCUACAGGAACUUAACUCUGAGAGAGAGAAGACUGAGAAAAGAGUCCAGAGUCUGCAGGAGCACAGGAGAGGGGUGCAAGAGAAAGCAGCUGGUGUAACAGAGCGACUCACUGCCCUGAUUAAGAACAUCAGGAAAAAGUUUGAAGACCUAGAGAAGAGAGUCCUGAGUGACAUCACCCGGCAGCAGGAGCAGGUUUUACUCACAAUCUCUGAUCUGAUCCAGCAGCUGGAAAAAGAGAAGGACGAGCUGACCAGGAAGAUGUGUCACAUUGAGGAGCUGUACAACAUGACUGACCCAUUAACUGUCCUACAAGAACAGGAAUCACACAGAGAUGACUUCUGUGGUGCUGAGAAGGGAGAUAAUGAGGUCACACAGAAAGGUGAUAAACAGGUCACUGUUAAGAUGAAUUUGGAUGGGGCUCUGAUCUCAGUGAUCAUACACAAUUGUUUAAGUGAUAUUGUGACUUGUGUAAAAAAAGGUCUGCCGGUACAAAUGCUAUCAGGCAUAUUGCUGGAUAUAAACACAGCUGCUAAUAAAGUAUCUCUGUCCAGGGACCUGAAAACUGCAUCCUGGUCAGUAAGGGGCCAGCAGCGACCAGAAACACCAGAGAGAUUUAAAGAUUAUUAUCAGGUAUUAAGCUCCAGGAACUUUUCCUCAGGAAAAUUUUACUGGGAUGUAAAGGCCAGUGUAUCAGGGGACUGGAGGGUGGGGGUGUGUUACCCCAGUAUGGGGAGGGAGGGAGAUGAGUCUCUAAUUGGAAAUAAUAACAAGUCCUGGUGUUUACAUGGAGUGGAUAAAUAUGUUUCAGUGAUACAUGACUCUAUAUACACUGCAUUACCUAACUGUCUAUCAUGUGACAGGGUAGGAAUACUGCUGGACUAUGAGGCUGGGCGUCUGUCCUUUUAUGAGCUGUGUGACCCAAUCAGACACUUACACACCUACACUGCCACCUUCACUGAGCCUCUUCAUGCUGCAUUCUAUGUAGAUUGUGCCAGGGUGAGAGUUAUGAGCUAGAUACACUGACCAUAAUAAUAAUGCUGCUACCUGUGAGGCAGUGAUGUUUGUGUAUUGUGCACAUUGUGUAUAUGAUAUAACAUUUUUGUGUAUAAAAGACUGAUCUUAUAUUAUUACAAGUAACUGUGCAUGUAUAUAGUUAUAACAUAAGGGGCAGUGUAGAACAGAGGUUAUUAAACAAUAAUUACAGUCAAGUACAGUAAAAUUAUGUGUCUAUUAAACUUACAUAGCUACA